CGGCCCCCCAUUUCUCUCCGUCCACUUUAAAUCCAAAAACACUCCAAAAUACCUCUUCCUCUUCCCUCUCUCUUUACCGGCGUCGCUCUCUUUCAACCGCCGAUCACUGCUAUUGAGUCCGUCGGCUCCUUGCUCGGUGAUCAAUCUGAUCUGAUUUGAUUUUGAUUGAAGAAGAGACGAAGGCGAAGGGUAGUUAUGUCUCUGAGACCAAGCGCGAGGACUGAGGUCCGGAGGAACAGGUACAAGGUGGCGGUGGAUGCGGAAGAAGGUCGGAGGAGAAGGGAGGACAACAUGGUGGAGAUCCGGAAGAACAAGAGAGAGGAGAGCUUGCUCAAGAAGCGUCGCGAAGGCCUUCUUGCUCAGCAAAACCAGCAACAGCAACUCCUCUCCGCCACAUCUGCGUCCGAUAAGAAGUUAGAAAGUCUUCCGGCUAUGGUUGCGGGUGUUUGGUCCGAUGAUGGUAACGCACAGCUUGAGGCAACUACUCAAUUCCGGAAGCUGCUGUCAAUAGAACGCAGUCCGCCUAUUAAUGAAGUAGUACAAUCUGGUGUUGUUCCUCGCUUUGUCGAGUUCCUUGCAAGGGAUGAUUUUCCACAGCUUCAGUUUGAGGCUGCCUGGGCCCUUACAAAUAUUGCGUCGGGGACAUCUGAAGACACUAGGGUUGUCAUUGAUCAUGGAGCUGUUCCCAUUUUUGUUAAACUUCUAGGUUCUCCAACUGAUGAUGUGCGUGAACACGCAAGAUUGCAAUCUGCUGUGUGGGCACUAGGAAAUGUUGCUAGAGACUCUCCUAAAUGUCGUGAUCUUGUACUUAGCCAUAGGGCCUUGCAACCGUUGCUCGCACAAUUCAAUGAACAUGCCAAGCUCUCAAUGUUGAGAAAUGCAACCUGGACUUCGUCAAACUUCUGCAGGGGCAAGCCACAACCUGCAUUUGAGCUGGUUUCGUUUUUUUGGGAUAACCAAAUAGAAUUGGUAGAAUUCUUUUUAAUUGUUUUCUAUGUCAGUUGCUGAUAGGUAGUGCUUCUGAAAUUUGAUGAGCAGACAAAGCCAGCUCUACCAGCUCUUCAGCGCCUCAUUCAUUCAAAUGAUGAAGAAGUCCUUACAGAUGCAUGCUGUGCGCUGUUUGUGUGUCAAUCAGUACAUCUUUAUCCAAAGUGCCAAAUUAAGAAAACCAAUUGUUUCAU